UGUGCCGUUCAAUGAACUAAAGUUGCAUACGGCAAGAUGUCUGAGGACGAAGUGGAGAGCUUCGAGAUCACUGAUUAUGAUUUGGACAAUGAAUUCAACACGGCCCGUCCUCGACGCAAGCUCUCGAAGAAACAACAAAUGCUAGGAAUAUGGGCAGACGACAGCGAUAAAGAUGAACUCUCUGCCAGACCAUCUUUCAAGACCUUCAAUAAGGGUCCUAAGAAUUAUACGGCACCAGUUAAUUUUGUCGCUGGUGGUAUCCAACAGGCAGGAAAACCGAAGGAGAAGGAAGAUGAGGAUGAUGAAGAAUACAAGGAAGAAAGGGAGGCAAAGCACAGUAGUUCGAGUUCAGAAGAUGAGAGGCCAAAUAGUUCCAAAUCACGUACGUCCUUUUCCUUGAACUUGGAUAGUGACAUUGUGGGUCUGCGUAAAAAGCGGAAUCAAGUGAAUCCAAUGCUGAUGAAAAGUGGAAUGGGUAGUUGGGAAGUGCACACAAAGGGCAUUGGCGCUAAAUUAUUGCUGCAGAUGGAAUUUGAACCUGGAAAAGGUUUAGGUAAACAAUUGCAAGGAAUAAGCGCGCCAGUGGAGGCACAUCUCAGAAAAGGAAGAGGCGCCAUUGGCGCAUAUGGUCCGGAGAAGAAGAUUCCUGAAAAAAAGAAGGAUGAUGGGGAAGUAUCUCAAUGGCGAAAGAGUGACAGCAACAAGAAAAAAGUCAGAUACUGUUAUAGAAGUGUGGAUCAAGUUUUGGAAAAUGGAAAACUGAAGCCUAAUAGAAAACUUCCAGUAUCUAGCGAUAUGAGCAGAGUUAAAGUUAUCGAUAUGACGGGGCCGGAACAAAGAAUUCUUAGCGGAUAUCAUGCGAUAUCAUCUGAUAAGAAAUCAAAAAUAAACUUUGCACUGCAUGAAUUGCAGCACAAUUUAGAUGUACUUGUGGACAUGUGCGAGCAAAACAUUAUCCAAAAUGAUCAACGAAAGGAAAUAUUGCACGGUGGAGAGGCACUCUGGAUGUCGCCGGAUGGUCACAUGAUGCUUUAUUCAUCGUUCAAUGAUUCUCUCGUAGAAGGGAUGCACAUUUCAUGGUUUGGAGAGGGAAACAAAGCGAUAUAUCCUGAUAUACGAUCCCUACGAUAUCCCAAGCCAGAAACGCCAAAUCCUUCUGUACGGCUGUACGUUGCCGAUUUAGUUGACCCGAAAAACAUUCGUACAAAGAUAGUGAAACCACCACCAAUCAUCGAACAUACGGACCGUUAUUUCUCGACUGCUUCGUGGACAUCUUUGACCGAAGUCUGCAUAACAUGGCUGACGCGUGCCCAAAAUUUUUCAGUAAUUACCAUCUGCAAAAGUCCAAUGUGGCAUUGUCAGGAAAUUCAAAGAAUAUCGGGCGAGGUUGCGUGGGUUGAUACACCACCAGAACCCCCUCUGUUUUCAGUAAAUGGCAGCAGUUACAUUGCAAUAAGUCCCGUGAAAGAUGGACCGACGGGAUAUUACAAACAUAUAAUUUGGACUAAUGUACUCCGAAAACAAACAGUGCCUUUGACGCAUGGGAAAUUUGAAGUUGUUAGGAUUUUAGUAUGGGACCAAACAAAUAAUACUAUAUAUUUCAUCGGUAUUCCAUUUAUGAGACCGAGUCAAAGACAUCUCUAUCGUGUAAGCGCUACUCCUCGUAUGAGGAAGCCAUGUGCAAAUUUCUAAUUUGCACACUCUUUCUAUCAGUGUGGAAUAUUCCAAACAUUCUUUUAUUUUCCUUUUCGUGCAAAAUGGCAGCUGUAUUGGA